AUGCAACUUAGUACACCUUCUAAUUUACAACCACUAGAAGCUCCUGUUCCACCUGAAUUGUUGUCACAAUUAGAAAUACUUGAAAAAACUUUAAAAGAAAACAAACAAAUUUAUUCUGAAUUAAAAAAUGAAAAUCCUUCGAAUGAAAUGACUUCACUUGAAUCUAAAGUAACUGGGCUUGGACGUCUUAUUAGUCAAUAUAAAGGAUUUUUGAAGGAAGAAAAAUUAAAAAAUUCUGGUUUAAAUUUAAUUUUUUGUUUUUUAAUUAAAUUCUUUUUUAAAGUUUUGUCAGAAAAGAUUAAUUUGGAUCAAAAAAUUUCUCAAAAUAUUCAAAAAAGUAGAGACCAGCAAACGAAAAGAGGACAUUCUAUCGAUUAUUUACAUGAAGUUGCUUCUUUAAAUGAAAGGCAACUUGAAGAUCUUUGGGGAUCUGUUCAAAAAUUGAGUAAAACUUUGGAACGUUUGAAAUCUGAUGAUUCGGUUGGAUUUUUUCUCAACAAUGUGUUUUCUUUCCUUAUCUUUUUACCUUUUAUUCUUUUUUUAUUUUUCAAGGAUUCCACUUCAAUUUCUCGUAGUGAAUUAGCAGCACACAUUCAACGAUUUGAUCAAAUUUUUGAGGCUGUGGCCGGUCAAGUUUAUAUUGUUAAUGAAGCAACAGAAAAAUUACGUGAUUGUUUUAUAGAACGAAGGAAAAAAAUUUAUGGGCAAUUUGAUGCUGAUCCUUUUGAAAAAGCAAAAGAAAGGCAAAAUAUAAUUAAUUCUUAUUCUACUCUGAAAGGUGUUGAUGCUUUUCCAUCAUCAAAUGCAAUUCUUUCUUUAAGUGAAUAUUUACCUAGACAACCUUCACAAUCUUCACAACCACAAUUUGGAAUUACUCCUUUUGGCCAACCAUUACAGCCACAACAAACGGGAACUUCUUUAUUUGGAGUAAAUGUUUCAAAGCCUCCAACUUCUUUUUCUUUUAAUAAUCCUUCUGUUACAAGUUCUUUAUUAUUUGGAACGACAAAUAAACCAGCAACAAAUACUUCUUUAUUUGGUACUGCUUCGGCAACAACAACAACCACUUCUCUUUUUGGUCAACCAGCUCCAGCAACAACAUCUUUAGCAUCUAUCCCUCUUUUUGGUACUACAACAACACAACAACCAACAACAGGUCAACAACCAGCAGGGACAGCUUUAUUCAGCAAUACGCUAAAUUCUGCGAGUAGUGGAACUUUAUUUAAAGGAAGUGCUGUGGCAACACCAAAUAGACCAACUUUGUUUGGAGGUUUACAAAAAUAA